AUGCAAGUCUCGGACCAGGAACAAAGCUCCCGGGAGCUGGAUUUAGAGGAGAUAACUAGGAAAAUUUCAUUUCUUGACAAAUGGCGGGAGAUCUUUAGUUAUCGCGGGUUGGGAACCAAUAAUGCAACUCCUCAGAAUCAUGACGGCAACCAUGUAUCAGGUGAUGAAACUGAAAAUGCAACAGGGAUACCUCAGCCCAGGGGACAAGGACAUUUGCCAUCCAGUAGCCUUUGUUCUAUCCCCAAACCCUCUAUCAUCUCUUCAAAAUCAGGCGGCUCUCCUAUCUCCCUGGCAAUGGCCACGAAGUUACGGCAGAGCCUCUUCGGAAAUACUAUCCAUGUCUUCAGCUAUGACUGGAAAAAGGCCUAUUUCAGGUUCCAUGAUCCUUUUUCUGACCUGGCUUUCACUUUGGAAGUGGGAAAGGGAGGUGCCCGAAGCAUUCAGAUGGCAGUUCAAGGAUUCAUCAUCAAAGACUUGUUGUUUACCAGGAAGGGAAAGGACUGUAACUUUCACAGUUUGUGUGCAGUCAGCAAACAGGAGCAAGAGCAGGCCCUGGCCGUGGCACUGGCUGGCAUCCUGUGGGCAGCAGGAGCAGCUGAGAAGGCCACCGUCUGUCUUGUCACCGAGCACACUUAUGUCACCUCCAAUCCUGACUACUCGGGCGAUGAUUUCACCGAGCGGCUCCAGCUGUUUGAACUUUUAGAGAAAGAAGCCACUGAGAAAUUCAUCUAUGAUCAUUUACAAUGUUUCAAAGAGGAAGGAGGCCAUGGUGUCAUCUUGUUUCUUUACAGCCUGAUCUUCUCCAGAACAUUUGAAAGGCUUCAGAAGGACCUAGAUGCUUCCAGCACUCAUCUGUUACAACCACAUGCUGGGGGCUUCCUGUGCAGGCAGGCAGUUUUGAACAUGAUUUUAACUGGAAGAGCAAGUCCGAAUGUCUUCAAUGGCUGUCAGAAAGGAAAGUCUCAAGAAAUAUUGCAUGGGGUCCUGACCCGCAGUGACGUUGGAUAUUUGUGGUGGGGUAAGGACACCUCAGAGGAUGACAGGCUUUCACAGGUGGGCAGCAGGCUGAAGACUCCCAAAUUACCUAUUUGGCUAUGCAACAUUAAUGGAAAUUCCAGUGUCCUUUUUAGCACAAACAGGCAGCUCUUAUCAGACUGGAAAGUGGAGCGUCGCUUUGAUCUGUACUUUUACGGAGGCCAGCCCCCACAGAAGAAGCCUGUGCAGCUUACAGUAGAUACUCAUUCCCAUCACUGGGAAAGAAACCACCCUGGAGAUGGACGUGUAACAGGAAGACGGUUUUCUCCAGUGGAGAUGCUAAUCAGAACCAAGUGGAGAGAAGCCACCAUCAACUGGAAUGGAACCAUUCCCUUUUUCUAAAAAGAAAGCCAGUAUGCACAAUGAUGUCUGAGGUGUCAGAACUGCUGUCAUAAAAGCCUAAUAUGGGGGAAGACCGUUUCACUUCUAUGGUCCUCAUUCAUGGGAACCCCACUGAAAAACCCCAUCGGCAACUUUUUCUCUCUUUUUUUCUUUCUUUGUGCCUCUGUUAAGCCCUCUGCAGUUGCUUUCAGUGCUAUAGAACAAGAUCUGCAAGGUGUCUUCUCUAUACUUGCAUAGACGGGCUCCUUCAUUUUAUUCAAUAGAGCAAAUGAAGUGUCUUUCCUCUAUGUUAUUUUCAAAUUAGCCUUUUGUU